GACCCACACCGGGACCGGGACCCGCACCCGGGACCCGCAACCGGUACCGCCCCCCAACGGCACCGGCACCGCCCGCCCCGGGAGCGGCACCGGCACCGCCCGCCCCGGUACCGGCCCCGGGAUCGCCGGCCCCGCCCGCCUCGCCCGGUACCGCGCCGCCACCGGCCCCACCAUGAUGAAGUUUCGGUUCCGGCGGCAGGGCGCCGACCCGCACCGCGACCGCCUCCGCCACGAUCUCUUCGCCUUCAGCAAGACGGUGGAGCAUGGAUUCCCCAGCCAGCCCAGCGCCCUGACCUACGACCCCAUCCUGCGUGUCAUGGCCAUCGGCACCAAGGCGGGAGCCGUCAAGCUAUACGGCGCGCCGGGUGUGGAGCUGACGGGCUUGCACAAGGAGAUGGCCACUGUCACCCAGCUGCACUUCCUCCCUGGCCAGGGCUGGCUCCUCUCCCUCCUGGAUGACAACACGCUGCACCUCUGGGAGAUCUGCCAGAAGGACGGCUGCUCCCACCUGGAAGAGACCCGCAGCUUCGGCCUCCCAGGACGCCCAGGCUGCUCCCCCGGCAUCACGCGGGUGACAGUGGUCCUGCCGAUGGCCGCCGGCGCAGUGGCCUGCCUGGGCACGGAGGGCGGUGCGGUUUACUUUGUCACCCUGCCCGACCUGGUGCUGCUGGAGGACAAAACGCUGUUCCCGGAUGAGGUCCUGCAGAGUGUCCCCGAUGAGUACCGCUGCGGGAAGGCGCUGGGGCCCGUGGAGUCCAUCCAGGAGCACCCACGCGACGGCGGUCGGCUCCUCAUUGGGUACAGCCGGGGGCUGGUGGCCCUCUGGGAGCAGAGCACGCGAACCGUCCAGCACCUGUUCCUGGGGAACCAGCAGCUGGAGAGCCUGGCCUGGGAGCAGAGCGGGAAGAGCAUCGUCAGCUCCCACAGCGACGGCGGGUACAUGGUGUGGGCAGUGGGUGACACCGGCCAGAGGACCCACCAGCCCGUCAUGUCCACCAUUCCCUACGGUCCGUUUCCAUGCAAAGCCAUCAGCAAAAUCCUCUGGCGGACCUGCGAGUCGGGGAACCCCUUCAUCAUCUUCAGCGGGGGGAUGCCACGGGCCAGCUAUGGUGACAGGCACUGUGUCACCGUGCUGCAGGGCCAGACCCUGGCCACGCUGGACUUCACCUCCCGCGUCAUCGACUUCUUCACCGUGCAGAGCGCUGAGACGCCUGAGGGAGGCUUUGAGAACCCGCGUGCCCUUGUGGUGCUGGUGGAGGAGGAGCUGGUGGCCAUCGACCUGCAGACGCCGGGCUGGCCCGCCAUCCCCGCGCCCUACCUAGCACCGCUCCACUCCUCCGCCAUCACCUGCUCCUGCCAUGUCUCCAAUGUGCCUCUCAAACUGUGGGAGAGGAUCAUCAGCGCCGGCGAGCAGCAGAGCCCCCGGCUGUCCUCUGCAGCUUGGCCCAUCGACGGGGGGAAGAACCUGGCCCAGGAGCCCACGCAGAGGGGGCUGCUCCUCACCGGGCACGAGGACGGCACGGUGCGGUUCUGGGACGCCUCGGGGGUCUCACUGAAGCCCCUCUACAAGUUGGGCACUGCCAGCAUCUUCCAGACGGACUGCGAGCACAACGACAGCCUCAACCAGGCGGGCGAGGAGGAGUGGCCGCCUUUCCGCAAGGUUGGCUGCUUUGAUCCCUACAGUGAUGACCCACGCCUGGGUGUGCAGAAGAUCGCGCUCUGCAAGUACACGGCCAAGAUGGUGGUGGCUGGCACAGCAGGGCAGGUGCUGGUGAUGGAACUGAGCGAUGAGAAGUCAGAGCACACGGUCAGCGUGGCCACCGUGGACCUGCUGCAGGACCGCGAGGGCUUCACCUGGAAGGGCCACGACCGGCUGGCGCCCAGGAACGGGCCCCUGCCCUUCGCCCCCGGCUUCCAGCCCAGCGUCCUGGUGCAGUGCGUCCCCCCCGCUGCCGUCACCGCCGUCACCCUCCACUCCGAGUGGAACCUGGUGGCAUUUGGCACCAGCCACGGCUUUGGACUCUUCGAUUAUUACCGGCGCAACCCCGUGCUGGCAAGGUGUACACUGCACCCAAAUGACUCGCUGGCCAUGGAGGGGCCCCUGUCCCGUGUGAAGUCCCUCAAGAAGUCCCUGCGCCAAUCCUUCCGCCGCAUCCGCAAGAGUCGCGUCUCGGGCAAGAAGCGGCUCAACGCCAGCAGCCCCUCCAGCAAGGUGCACGAAGCCAACGCGCAACUGGCCGAGCAGGCGGGACCCCACGAGGUGGAGAUGACGCCUGUGCAGCGGCGGAUCGAGCCCCGCUCUGCUGACGACUCGCUCUCGGGGGUGGUGCGAUGCCUCUACUUCGCUGACACCUUCCUCCGAGAUGCUGCCCACCAUGGCCCCACAAUGUGGGCAGGGACCAACUCAGGCUCGGUCUUCGCCUACGCCCUGGAGGUGCCGUCGCAGGAGAAGUUUUCGGAGCGGGCGGUGGAGGCGGUGCUGGGGAAGGAGAUCCAGCUGAUGCACCGGGCGCCGGUGGUGGCCAUUGCCGUGCUGGAUGGGCGGGGGAACCCCCUGCCCGAACCCUACGAGGUGUCACGGGACCUGGCCAAGGCCCCUGACAUGCAAGGGAGUCACUCCAUGCUCAUCUCCUCCGAGGAGCAGUUCAAGGUCUUCACACUGCCCAAAGUGAGCGCCAAGACCAAGUUCAAGCUGACGGCACACGAGGGCUGCCGGGUGCGGAAGGUGGCCCUGGUGAGCUUGGCCAGCGCCAGCUCUGAGGAGCGGCUGGAGAACUGUCUGGCCUGUCUCACCAACCUGGGGGACAUCCACAUCUUCACCGUCCCCGGCCUACGGCCCCAGGUCCACUAUGGCUGCAUCCGCAAGGAGGACAUCAGCGGCAUCGCCUCCUGCGUCUUCACCAAGCACGGCCAGGGUUUCUACCUAAUUUCGCCAUCUGAGUUUGAGCGCUUCUCGCUGAGUGCCAGGAAUGUGACGGAGCCGCUGUGCCGGCUGGAGGUCGCCCGGCUCCAGGAUACCUCCUGCCUCAGCAACAGCUCGAUGGCGACGCCAAAACUGCCACAGGCGAAUGGCACCCACGUCCCGCACAGCCCUGAGGGCCAGCACUCCCCCAGUGACAGCGACAGGUCCCCUGAGGAGCACCCGGCCGCCUUCUCGCCCGGCCCCAUCGACUCCCCCAACAGCAGCCUGGAGAACCCGCUGGACACCACUGGGGACAUCACCGUGGAGGAAGUGAAGGAUUUCCUGGCGUCCUCAGAGGAAGCCGAGAAGAACCUGAGGAACGUCAGUGAAGAGGAGGCCCGGCCGGCGGGGAUCCUCAUCAAGUGAGGCACUGCUGGCACCCGCUGUUGCCCCGGCCCAUCUCGGUGCUCGGAUUCCCGGGACGCGUGACUCGACUGGACCCCCCUGCACCCCUUCCCCAAGUAACAUAGACUCGUCUCUUCUCUAACCUCCGCACCAGCCGCUGGCGCAGCCCCGGCUCCGGCACGGUCCCCCCACCUCCUCCCCGACCCCCUGAGCCAGGACUGUGGGGCACAAACUCUUCCCGGGGAAGAUAAUUUUCUUUUUUAUAUGCAGUCGAGUGUCACUGUCCCCAGCUCCAGAGCCCCCUCCCACAGGGUGCUGCUGCUUCCCUGGCUACACGGGGAGGGCUGGGGCUUGUGAACCCCACCUUCUCCCCCAUUUUUGGUCCCUUGGGGAGGUGGGGGGCCGGGAGCCCCCAGGCAGGGUCCCUCCAUCCCCUGGUCUGUGUUUACAUGCCCGGCUCCCUGCAGUUUACAGCCCUGUCCCCUUCCUGGGGGUAGCCCAGCGUGGACCCCCUGGCUACCAGGUGGGCACUGGAGGGCUUGAACAGCCCGGGGGGACACAGUGGGGGGGUCACAAAUGGCCUUUUUCUCUUAGUGGCUUCUCCAAGGGCUAUCCUCCGUGUCGGGCUCAGUGCCUGCGGCUCCUUUGUGACACUAAUUCCUGCCACUGGUGGGUUGUGGCGGGGGGGAAUGCGCUGUGGGGGGACACACCAGCUCCUGGCCCCCUUCUGCCCCACCCUGGGGGUCUCAUUGUGCCAAAUUCCCCCCCCCCACCCCGAAGACUCCCCAGCCUUGUCCUUGCAGGGGCUGCGGUGACACUGUCCCUGUCCCUAUGUGGCUCUGGGGCUCAGCCUCUCUCCUUUUGGGGAUCUGGGGCCAUUUUGGACCCCCCCACCCCAGGCUCUCUUGCGGUACAUGUGUGGCUGGGGGGGGCAGUCCUACCCCGGCUCUGUCGCUGCUGGCCGGGGCUGUAGUGUCCCUGGUAGAAACCCCCCCCACCUCAUCUUGUUUUUUUGUUUUUGUUUUUGGUAAGAUGAAUUUAGCAUUUAGUUAUUAAAAAUACUGGUUUUUAAUAUUGAAAAUAAAGCAUUUAAUAUCA